AUGUCAGCAAUUGGAGGUGCUGCUGGUAAAGAAGGUCUCCGAAGAGGUGCCAGGCGAGACCCAGAGCUAUAUGUUUUAUUCGCUCUCAUGUGUGGAGCCUUUGCGCUGGCUGGGUACAACUUUUCAAGAAACCCAACCAUGUCCAGCUCGCAAGAGCCUCGUAUCAAUAUGGUACCUGACUCUGCUCCCUGGAAAGAUGACGGCCUCGAGAAUUCAGACAAAAACAACUAUAAAUACAAGUAUCAUCCAAACGCGGACUACAGAAAAGCGCCAAAGAACGCCCCGAGUGCGCUACAUUCAGUCAUUUUACCGAAUGUGACUUUGUCGAAGAGGUUGCAUGAGAAGUACAACAAGUACGGGAAGGAUAACUACUAG